ACAGGAUUCAGGAAAUUUCUUUGUAAGUGGUUUCUGUUGCUGUGUUCUGAUAACUUUCAAUGUGUUUAUGGCUAGCAGUGAUGUAAAAUAAAAGGUUUAAUACUGGGGGUGAGAUGCCUGAGUAGUGUGGAAGAAGAGACUCUUACUGCAAUGUUCCACGAUUAAACUAGACAUGCAGUGUGCUUGUAGGGUUAAGUUACCCUCAGAUGCAAAACAAAGGUGUGCGUAUUUCAACCUUGUAGCAACACUGUGUGCCUCUGCAGAGGAGGUGGCCAAGCUGGAAAAGCACCUGAUGCUUCUCCGCCAGGAGUAUGUAAAGCUGCAGAAGAAACUAGCUGAUACAGAGAGGAGAUGCAAUCUUCUGGCUGCCCAGGCUAACCAAGACAAUGCCAGUGACACCUUCAUCAGUAGACUUCUUGCCAUUGUAGCUGAACUCUACCAGCAGGAGCAGUACAGUGAUCUGAAGAUAAAGGUUGGGGACAAGCACAUCAGUGCUCACAAAUUUGUCUUGGCGGCACGCAGUGAUACUUGGAGUCUUGCCAACCUUGCCUCAACAGAGGAGCUGGAUCUGUCAGAUGCUGACCCAGAGGUAACCAUGGCAAUGCUGCAGUGGAUCUACACAGAUGAACUUGAGCUAAGAGAAGAUGAUAUCUUCUUGACAGAGCUCAUGAAACUAGCUAAUAGAUUUCAGCUUCAGCUGCUUAGGGAAAGAUGUGAAAAAGGAGUCAUGUCUCUAGUUAAUGUCAGGAACUGCAUUCGUUUCUAUCAGACUGCUGAGGAGCUGAAUGCUAGCACUCUUCUGAACUAUUGUGCUGAGAUCAUUGCAAGUCACUGGGAUGAUUUGCGUAAAGAAGACUUCAGUAGCAUGAGUGCUCAGUUAUUGUAUAAAAUGUUCAAGUCAAAGACAGAAUAUCCUCUGCAUAAGGCUAUUAAGGUUGAGAGAGAAGAUGUAGUCUUUUUGUAUCUUAUUGAAAUGGAUUCACAGCUUCCCGGGAAGCUCAAUGAGUUGGAUCACAAUGGAGAUCUUGCUUUGGAUCUAGCCCUUGCCCAAAGAUUGGAGAGUAUUGCAACGACACUGGUCAACUACAAAGCUGAUGUAGAUAGGGCAGACAAGAGAGGCUGGAGUCUAUUACAUAAAGCCAUCCAGAGAGGAGAUAAAUUUGCUGCAAACUUUCUCAUUAAAAAUGGUGCCCGUGUGAAUGCUGCUACACUGGGAGACCAGGAGACUCCUCUGCACCUUGUGGCAUCGUAUAGCCCCAAGAAGCAUUUGCCAGAUGUCAUGACAGAGAUGGCACAGAUAGCAGAGUCCCUCUUACAGGCAGGAGCCAAUCCAAAUAUGCAAGACAACAAAGGAAGGACCCCAUUACAUGUGUCAAUUGUGGUCAGGAAUGAACCUGUGUUCAGUCAGCUUCUUCAGUGCAAACAACUAGACUUGGAGCUGAAGGAUCAUGAAGGAAGCACAGCUCUGUGGCUUGCAGUUCAGUAUAUCACCGUAUCGUCUGAUCAGUCUGUGAACCCUUUUGAGGAUGCCCCUGUUGUAAAUGGAACCUCAUUUGAUGAGAACAGUUUUGCAGCAAGGCUGAUCCAACAAGGCAGCAAUACAGAUGCUCCAGACACAGUAACAGGAAACUGCUUGCUUCAGAGGGCAGCUGGUGCAGGAAAUGAGGCAGCUUCUCUCUUCCUAGCAACUCAUGGAGCAAAAGUCAACCACCAAAACAAACGGGGAGAAACACCACUGCAUACAGCCUGUAGGCAUGGCCUAGCAAACCUGACAGCAGAACUUCUGCAACAAGGAGCCAAUCCAAAUAUCCAGACAGCAGAAGCAGUGCUUGGUCAGAAGGAUGCAUCUUCUCCAACAGCAGAGAAUGUUUAUUUGCAAACUCCCCUUCACAUGGCUAUUGCUUACAAUCACCCUGAUGUGGUGUCAGUCAUCCUGGAACAAAAAGCUAAUGCUCUUCAUGCAACCAACAACUUGCAAAUUAUUCCUGACUUUAGUCUAAAGGACUCAAGAGAUCAGACUGUGCUGGGGUUGGCUCUUUGGACAGGCAUGCACACAAUAGCAGCUCAGCUGCUUGGAUCUGGGGCAUCCAUCAAUGACACAAUGUCAGAUGGACAGACUCUACUACACACUGCAAUACAGAGACAAGACAGUAAGAGUGCUCUCUUUUUGCUGGAACAUCAGGCAGAUAUAAAUGUCAGAACACAGGAUGGAGAAACUGCCUUACAGCUAGCUAUAAAAAACCAACUCCCUCUUGUGGUUGAUGCUAUUUGUACCAGGGGAGCAGACAUGUCUGUGCCAGAUGAGAAAGGAAAUCCUCCUUUGUGGCUUGCCUUAGAAAACAACCUGGAAGAUAUUGCAUCAACUCUGGUUAGGCAUGGCUGUGAUUCAACCUGUUGGGGGUCAGGACCAAGUGGCUGCUUACAAACUCUUCUUCACAGAGCUAUUGACGAAAACAGUGAACAAAUAGCAUGUUUUCUUAUUCGCAGUGGUUGUGAUGUGAAUAGUCCAAGAAAGCCAGGCCCAAAUGGAGAAGGAGAAGAGGAAGCUCAUGAUGGGCAGACACCCCUACACUUGGCAGCCUGCUGGGGACUAGAAGAGGUGAUCCAGUGCCUUUUGGAGUUUGGUGCCAAUGUCAAUGCUCAGGAUGCAGAAGGAAGAACUCCAAUCCAUGUUGCUAUUAGUAACCAACAUAAUGUUAUCAUUCAGCUUAUGAUUUCACAUCCAGAUAUUAAGCUAAAUGUACGUGACAGGCAAGGAAUGACUCCCUUUGCGUGUGCUAUGACAUAUAAAAAUAACAAAGCAGCUGAAGCAAUUUUGAAGAGGGAACCAGGAGCUGCUGAACAGGUUGAUAACAAAGGUCGGAAUUUCCUACAUGUAGCUGUUCAGAACUCUGACAUUGAGAGCGUGCUGUUCCUGAUAAGUGUACAGGCUAAUGUAAACUCUCGGGUCCAGGAUGCCUCCAAGCUGACACCUCUGCACCUGGCUGUACAAGCUGGCUCAGAGAUCAUUGUUCGUAAUCUGCUGCUUGCAGGUGCCCAGGUGAAUGAACUGACUAAGCAUCGUCAGACUGCUCUUCACUUAGCAGCCCAGCAGGAUUUGCCCACAAUUUGUUCAGUCCUUCUGGAGAAUGGAGUAGACUUUGCAGCUGUAGAUGAAAAUGGAAAUAAUGCUCUUCAUCUGGCAGUGAUGCAUGGCCGUCUAAACAAUAUCCGAGUCCUCCUCACAGAGUGCAAUGUAGAUGCGGAAGCCUUUAAUAUUAGGGGCCAGUCACCAAUGCAUAUUUUGGGGCAAUACGGGAAGGAUAAUGCAGCAGCCAUCUGUGACCUCUUCUUGGAGUGUAUGCCGGAAUACCCUCUAGACAAACCUGAUGCUGAAGGAAACACAGUGCUCCUGUUGGCUUACAUGAAGGGAAAUGCUAAUUUGUGUCGUGCAAUAGUGAGAGCUGGGGCUCGUCUUGGAGUUAACAACAAUCAGGGAGUAAAUAUCUUCAACUACCAAGUUGCUACAAAACAGCUUCUCUUUAGAUUGCUGGAUAUGCUGACAAAAGAACCUCCCUGGUGUGAUGGCUCCAACUGCUAUGAAUGCACUGCCAAAUUUGGAGUCACGACAAGAAAGCAUCACUGCCGACACUGUGGACGCCUGCUCUGCCAUAAGUGCUCAACAAAGGAGAUUCCCAUCAUAAAAUUUGAUCUGAACAAGCCAGUUCGAGUUUGCAACAUCUGCUUUGAUGUCCUGACUCUGGGAGGAGUCUCCUAGUGUGCUGGAGAAGUAAAGGGAUUCCCAGUCAGUGCUCCUGACAGCAGCUCUGCUUACAUGCCCUCUGGAUAGGGAAGAGGAGGCCUAUACAUGUCUUCUGCAAUAGAUUGAACUAAUUAAGGACCCUGUUAUGAUAUAUUCUGGUAUAAAUGAUUUUGUAUGACUGUAAAUGUAUCAGGCUGUGAUAAGACUUCACUAGGAAAUUGAGUGGACUGUUGAAACCAAGUGACAAAAGAAUUUAGACCCUCUUCUAGUUGCAGUGGGGUAUGGAAGCUAAAAUUGUUGGGCUGGUGUUUGAAUUGGCAUGAAACAGGUCUGUCCUUGAUAUGGUGCUUUGCACUGAGCAACUCUAUUAAGUCCUGUGGCUUUCAGGCUGCUUAGUAGAGAUGGCAUUAAGUUUCAGGGUAACCAGGUAUCUUUCUUUGCUUUGUCUUAAAGAUAAAUGUUCCCUUUCUCUAGAGAAGACUUCUCAUGAAGCUAGACUAAGCUGUUGCAACCACUGUUCAUUUCGAGCAACUCUUCAAAAAUGGGGGUAGUUCUAAGCGUAGCUCAAGAAUUGUGGCCUUACAACAGAAAGCUUUACAACAUCUGAUGCAAAGCAGUCAGAAUUGCAGAUCCACAUCUUGAUACCUCCUCAGUAAAUGUCUUAUUAGCUUUAGCAUGUUCAAGAGAAGUGCAAGAUUGUUUUAGCCAGUAAAUACUCUUGCUCAUACCUGCUAGAGCUGUCAAAGUCUACUUGUCACACUUUUAUAUUUACGUUGCAGUCCUUCCAAUUCAUGAAACUUGUAUAAAUGAGCAUAAGUGUGCUGAAAGGCCUAAGUAUAUGCGAAAUGGAGAAACACUAAAACUGGUUAAGUAGUCUAACUGGCAAUACAGCAAUAAAGCUGAAGUGCAUUAUGAAUCCCA